UUCUUCCAUUCGCUUACUUGGCAACGGCCUCGUACCCGGAAGAUGUCGACUUCGCCGCGAAAUAUCAACAGCUCAACUUCAAAGCGGUAGAAAUAUCAUUGGAAAUGUCUUUCAAAAAUUAAAAGUGUCGCUACUGGAUUAAGUAUGAUAGCUGAGAGGAUAGAAAGUUUGGUCAUAUGCGUGUAGUGUGCGGCGGCUGUAAUGCAGCAGCGGAGUAAAGCGGCUGUGAGUGUGGAAGUGAAGCAGGUCAUUGGAACUUUGUGCAGACUGCUAGCGGCUGUCGGCCUGGAAGCUGUUCCCGCACCGGAGACCUUCAGACGGGCUAAAUUCGGUGGUGGACUCGAGGUGGAGGAGCAGUUUUGGCAGCUCCUCGCCAACAUCCUUCAGGCAGCUGGCAUUGUUUCCUGUGAAGCUGGUGCACAGCUAGGAGGAGCCUCAGAGCACAGGAAGCUUUUGGCUGCAGGCCUCUGGCAGACUGGCUACCAUGCUGACUGGAUGUGUGGGAGCGACAGAGUAGAAGGAGGGAGAUUCUCCAGCAGACACCUCCUCCUGGCGCUGGGCUGGCUGCUUGCUACAGGAACACUGGAGAAACUGCUGACACAGCGAGUACAGCAACUGGACAAAACACUACUCACAACUACACCUAACCCUCAGAUUUCCAAUGAGCUCCAGUUAGACUCAGCAUCUCUGAGGAAACUUCAGUGGCUCAUUGGCUGUCUGAGAUACCAGGGGCGGACCCUGCAGUCCAUGCAAGAAGAGCGAACACGCUUGCUUCAUGCUGUUUUUUUUGCCUGCCUCUCCUCCUCUGUAUCCUCUGAGCAAAGAUCAACAGUGCUAAGGGAGGACUGUGUUCGUAUGCGGCAGCUCUGUGACCUCCUAGAACUAUAUCUGAACUGGAAACAGGUGGAGAAAGUCUUCUGGACCUGGAUGGACAGUGUGGUGGACUGCCAUCUGACAGAUCCUGUUGUCGAGAAGCCUACACAUGCACCACAUGGGAGCGUUAGAGUGUGUCACAACGGAAACCAGGGGCUAGAAAAAUUGGAGGACAUGCUCUUGAGACUGCCCACAGGACAGGCAAGCACAUUUCCAUUACAUGGGGAGUGCAACAUGACGUCUCUUCGUAGAGAAAGAGGGAGAGAUGUGAGGCAAAGCUACUGCAUGAGGAGUUGAGCCACUUCUGUCUCUCCAUGGAGGUGAGAAGUUUACUCUUCUCUCUGAAGGCAGCAUCAUCAGCCACAACCAUGUUCCUCUUCACCACGCCGGCACCCUGAGAUGACCAUUCAGCAGGCCAUGGCCUCUCCACACUAGAGAUACACAGACCAAGACCUCAAGAUCAGUGACUAGCAGACAAUCCAGGUACCAGAGGCUCCACACUAAUCUAUUGCUUGUGGGUUUUUUAUUGGUUUUGUCCAAUAGGUUAGUCUUUACUUUAAGAUGCACUGCUUGAUUUUGGUGAAGUUCCUAAUAGCACCCUAAAGCCCCAAAUUUCCUCUGAGGAAUAGUUAGACAUUUUGGGGAAAUACGCUUAUUGGCUUUCUUUCCAAGAGUUAGAUGAGAAGAUCAAUACCACGCCUUCAGUGUGAGGAUACAGCGAGCAGCCGGUCAGCCUAGCUUAGCAUAAAGACUGGAAAUGGGGAAAUUGCUAGCCAGGCUCCGUCCAAAGGUAACAAAAUACAGCCCUGCCAAGAAAUAGCGAUACACUGCCUGUAAAACCACAACCUGUUGUUUUUUACACUUUAGUUUUUGUAGAGAUUAAACAAUGAGAUAUAUAAUGUGUUAAUUGAAACAGAGCUUGGUUAGAUGUUUCUAAAACCCCAUUACUAGUCUUUGUGCUAAUCUAAGCUAACUGUCUCCAGGCUCUUGUCAUGAUUAGUGAAUUCAGGCAAGAGAGGGAGGAGGACUCAAAUGCAGACAAACACAAAAGGCAAGCAGGUAGGAUGAAGGGAAAUUUACUAGAGGCAAUGGUCAGAAACAGGCUUACAAGCUGGCAAAAUAACCCCAAUGCACUGCAUGCUGUCAUUGCCUGUCUCUCUGACAUUAAUGUAUGGAUGGGUAAAAACGUUUUAAAGCUAAAUGAGGAAAAACUGAGAUUCUAUUAAUAGGACCAAAAGCAGCACAAGAAAAACUGCACUCAAUGCUUGGUUUUCUUAGCAUACAGGUUAAAUCUAACAUCACAAACCUGGGGGUGAUUUUAGAUUCUGAUUUAAAUUGGAUUUCUCAUUUUAUCAACGUCAUUAAAACAUCCUUAGAAAUAUUGCCAAAGUCAGACCUUUUUUUAACUCAGAAAGAUGCUGAAAUACUCACUCGUGCUUUUAUUACUGGCCAUUUAGACUACUGUAAUUCACUUUUUACUAGAUUACCAAAAAAGUCUAUAAGAAAACUACAGCUAGUUAAGAGUCUUAACUAAAACAAAGAAAAUGGAUCACAUCACCCGAGUACACUGCACUGGCUACCUGUAUCGUUUAGAUCUUCUCCCUACAUCAGAGACUUUCUCUCAUUUUAUGUUCCGGCCAGAUCACUAAGGUCCUCCACCGCUUUUCGUUUAAAUGUUCCUUAUCUGUCCCAUUAAAGUAUUGGUGAAAGUGCUUUCUGUUCUUAUACCCCGAAACUGUGGAACUCAUUGCCUCUGGAUAUUAGAAUGGCAACCUCUCUCUGUAUUUUUAAAAGGAAAUGAAAGACUUAUCUUUAUAAUCUUUUAAUUUGGAGUAAGUUUGUUCUUACAUUAUUUUUAUUCUUGGUGUUAUUUUAUUUUUGUUCUAUUGAGUUUUAUGUACUGACUUUUAACACUUUAUUGUUUUAUUGUUGGUGCUAUAUAAAUAAAGUUGAGUUGAGUUAAAAGAGGA